CAAUUAUUCACUUGUGUGUGAGACGAUCUUUGCAGUCUAGCUAUUACGGGUCGAGAAAAAAAUAAUAACACUACUCUUCUCUCCUUGCCUGUGUUGCGAGGGAGGGCCUCAAGAUGUCAGACAUGGACGAUGAUAUGUACGAUGAUGAUGACUAUGACUUGGAGUACACUGAUGAUAGCCAGUCCACGACAGAUGAUGAGGAGGUUGCUAUAGAGAAUGAGUACUACAGCUCCAAGAGCCUCAAGGAAGAGGAGCCCCAGUCUGCACUGGCAGGGUUCCAGAGGGUCCUGGAGAUGGACCAGAGGAAGGAGAAGAAGGGAGAGUGGGGCUUCAAGGCUCUCAAGCAAAUGCUCAAACUACUCUUUAGAAUCGGUGAGUUUGAGCAGAUGAAAGGACGAUACAAGCAGCUGCUCUCCUAUGUCAAGGACGCAGUCACUAGAAAUAAAUCAGAGAAGUCUAUUAACUCUAUCUUGGACUACAUCUCCACCUCACAGCAGUCGGACCUCCUGCAGUGGUUUUAUGAGACCACCCUGGAUGCCCUACAGGACGCUAAGAAUGAUCGACUCUGGUUCAAGACUAACACAAAGCUGGGAAAGCUGUGCUUUGAUUGCGGUGACUACAGCAGACUGGCCAGGAUAGUGAAGCAGCUGCAUCAGUCCUGCCUCACUGCUGAUGGGAUGGAUGAUAUGAAGAAAGGCACACAGCUGCUCGAAGUGUAUGCAUUGGAGAUACAGAUGUAUACUGAGCAGAAGAAUAACAAGAAAUUAAAGGCACUUUAUGAGCAGUCACUGCACGUCAAGUCUGCCAUCCCUCACCCCCUCAUCAUGGGGGUCAUCAGAGAGUGUGGGGGGAAGAUGCACCUCCGGGAGGGAGAGUUCAGCCGAGCACACACUGACUUCUUUGAAGCCUUCAAGAACUACGAUGAGUCAGGAAGUCCAAGGCGACUGGCUUGUCUCAAGUAUCUGGUGCUGGCCAACAUGCUGAUGAAGUCAGGGAUCAACCCAUUUGACUCUCAGGAAGCCAAACCCUACAAGAACAACCCUGAAGUACUGGCCAUGACCAACCUGGUGCAGGCCUACCAGAACGAUGACAUCACUGAGUUCGAGAAGCUACUCCGUACAAACAGACGCACGAUCAUGGAGGACCCAUUUAUACGGGAGCACAUAGAGGACUUACUGAGAAACAUUCGCACGCAAGUACUGGUCAAGCUCAUCCGGCCCUACACUCGGGUCAGGAUUGCCUUCAUUGCACAGGAGCUCAACAUUGACGGAGAUGAGGUGGAGAGUCUCCUAGUCUCGUGUAUCCUGGAUAACUCUGUCAAUGGCCGCAUUGACCAAGUGAAGCAAAUACUGGAGCUGGACCAAGAGGCCCAGGGAAGUGCCAGGUACACUGCUCUGGACAAAUGGGCCGUGCAAUUACAAGCUCUUCACUCCAGCGUGCUUGGAAAAGUCAUUUAAUCAGAACUGACACUGUUUUGUGUGUUAGUAAACAUUUCUAGGAGUCAUGUUUUAAGUAUGAUUAUUAUGUUCUUUGAAUUUGCUGUCUGUCUGUCCACACACCUUUAUUACUAUAUAAGCUCAGCUGCAUGAAGACUGAAUGAAUGGUUUCAUUAUCUAA